UUCCCGUUGAGGGGGAGACCGAGACUGAAGCCACCCAAUAUAAUAUCUGUAGCAACUGGGGAGGGGUGUCUCGGGAUAGCACCCUGUGUCCCCCCGCCCAGCCACCCUUGCCCUGCUGGGACCUGGCAGAACGAGACGAUGUAGCGGGUUGCAGAUUUUUCUGAUUGUUCCCUCAAAGUUCUGGUGAGGGGGGGAAAAUGCCAGGCGUGUUGCCCAGUGACAGUAAUGGACUUUCAAGGAACACUCCAACGAAAAAAAGCAGACUGUCACUGAAGUUUUUUCAGAAAAGAGAAACAAAAAGAGCCCUGGAUUUUGCAGAAACACCAGAAAAUGAACAAAAGUCUUCAGAAUAUGAGUGCUCUGAAAUAGAUCAAGUAGUUCCUGCAGCACAGCUGCUUUCACCUGUUUGCUGUGAGAAGAAGGACAACAUGCUGCCUUUUGUGGGCUUAAACAAUCUUGGCAAUACUUGUUACCUUAACAGUAUACUUCAGGUGCUCUAUUUUUGUCCUGGCUUUAAAUCUGGAGUGAAACAAUUAUUUAAUAUAAUUUCAAACAAGAAGGAAAACUUAAAGGAUGAAAUUGAUAAGGGGGCCAUUAAACAAGAUUCUCUUGCAAGCUAUGAAUUGGUCUGCAGUUUACACUCCUUGAUUGUUUCAGUUGAACAACUUCAGGCCAGCUUUCUGUUAAAUCCCGAUAAAUACACAGAUGAACUUGCUACUCAGCCAAGAAGACUACUAAACACACUUAGGGAGCUCAACCCCAUGUAUGAGGGAUAUUUGCAACAUGAUGCCCAAGAAGUAUUGCAGUGUAUAUUGGGGCAUAUCCAAGGAACAUGUCAGCUCUUGCAGGAAGGCCUAAAACACAAAUCACUUGAAGAGCCUACAGUUGAACUGGAAAAAAACACUUAUCCAAAUAUGGACGCUAAUAGCAUUGUUGUGGAAGAUGGUGGCAUACUAGACAGCCAAGCUAUAAAGGACUGUGAAGACAAAACAAAAGGAAAUGCAAAGAGAAAAAGUGAUAUGGAGGGUGGCAAUGAAAAGAAAAAAUCCAAAGUGUCCAAAGAGAAAAAUGGAAUAGAAGAAAAUCUGAAACGGACCCGGUCAAAGAGAAAAGCACUGGAAGGAAAACAGGAGAAGCCAACUGAAGUUAACAUUAAACAUUCUAUUGAAAAUGAAAAUACAAAGCCAACCCAUAAAAAAUCAAAACUUAGAUUAAAUUGGUUAAAAUCUCCAGCCAGCCAACCUAGCAUUCUGUCUAAAUUUUGUAGUCUGGGGAAGCUGACAACAAACUUGGGGUACAAAGAUCCAAUUAAAGAAAUUGACAGCUGUGAAUUUACAGAGAGUUCCCUCAAGUGUGAAAAUGGUAACCAAGUAAGGGAAGAAUAUUGUGAUUCAUCAACUCCUGUGGAAAAUACUGUUGAAAAAGGAACUGAAAAACAAUGCAAGAGAGAAUUAGCGGUCUUCGAUUUAGUGGAGAGACUCUUCCAGGGUCAAUUGGUAUUGCGAACAAGAUGUUUAGAAUGUGAGUGUUUCACUGAGAGAAGAGAGGACUUUCAAGAUAUCAGUGUGCCAGUUCAAAAAGAUGAACUCUCAAAGGUAGAAGAGAAUAUUGAAAUUUCUCCAGAGCCCAAAACAGAAGUGAAGACUCUCAAAUGGGCAAUUUCACAGUUCGCUUCUGUGGAGAGGAUUGUGGGAGAAGACAAAUACUUCUGUGAAAACUGUCGUCAUUACACAGAAGCAGAACGUAGUCUUCUGUUUGAUAAAAUGCCUGAAGUUAUAACAAUCCACUUGAAGUGCUUUGCUGCUAGUGGCUUAGAGUUUGAUUGUUACGGUGGGCUCUCCAAGAUAAAUACUCCUUUACAGACACCACUCAAGCUGUCCUUGGAUGACUGGAGCAUAAAACCAGCCAACGAGAUCUAUGGAUUAUUUGCUGUAGUGAUGCAUAGUGGCAUUACUAUCAGCAGUGGGCACUACACAGCCUCUGUUAAAAUUAAAAAUCUUGAUAGCUUAGAAUUGGACAAGGAUAAUUUUGUCAGUGAUCCUUUUUGUAAACUUUGCCCAGAGCCAUUGAAUGAACAAGAAGCUAGAGCUAUCACUGAGGACUAUGAUGAUGGUGAGGUCUCCUUUAGAAUUGGUGGAAAUGCCCAGCAUAAUAAAGGAUUGAACAAAAAGAAUAUAGACGCUGUGGGGCUUCUUGGAGGACAGAAAAGCAAACCCAACUGUGAUUUGCCUAGUAACAAAGCAACCUAUUCUGAGAAGAUGGGUAAUGUGAUCACUGGAGUUAGAAAUGUUGGAUGCAACCAUGCUAAAGUCACGAAAUCGGAACAUUGUGAGCAACCUGGUACAACUUCCAAUGGACUAGAAGAUAAGGCAAUGCACAUAAUGCAGAGCCUCAAGGAGUAUGAGGGAAAAUGGCUACUUUUUGAUGAUUCUGAAGUGAAGGUUACAGAGGAAAAAGACUUUCUUAACCUUUUGUCCCCUGUUUCAUCUUCUACAUCUACUCCUUACCUGCUGUUUUAUAAGAAAAUUGUAGAGUGAGGUUGUAUUCUAUGUAAAUAAUAGUUUUGCAUCAGAUCAGCACUAAAGGGCAUCUAAUUGCAUUUUAGAGUCUACAGAAUUAAAUUCACUGGUCUCUUCAAUUUUGUAAAAAUGGGACAAGUUUUUUAAAGUGAAUAAUUCAUUUACAGAUUCUAUACAAAUCACUUGAGCAAUACAAACCUGUAUAUAUCCUUUUGAAUAAAUGAUGUCCUAAGAGCACAGUAGCAUAUAAAAUUGUUGCUAAUUUCAUCACACUACUUGUAUAUUAGCUUUUUUAAAAAUAAAAUUAUUUGUAUUCACAUUCUGAAGUAAAUUUGUAGUUGAAGUUUAAUUUUUUUAACUGCUUUCUGUAAAGGUAAAAUAAAUGUUUGUUCAUUCCUGUAUGUCUGUGAAGUAUGCAUCUGAAGUCUAAAAGUCUGUUGAAAUUGAUUGAUCUUCUCAGUGUUCCUCAGUUGCUUAAAAUAAGGCAGAGAAAAUGGUUGGGAUAUCCAUUCAUCUCAGUUUCAUGAUAGCAGAGUGUAUUGUGGAUCCCAUAAAAGUAUUUUGUCUUUACUUUCAUUUAAGUGGUUGAUCGGCUUUAGUCUGAAAAUUAUUUUGUGUCCUUUU